AUGACGUCGUCUCUCUUUCCACAAUUUGGCAACGUCUUUGGUGCGCCUAGUACAGCUGGUCGUAAUGAACUCGUAUCUUUUAAUGCUGGUAAAAUGACUGUAAAACCUACAAGUAAUGGUAAAUUUCUCAUUACACCACAAUUGGAGAAGGGAAAGGUGUGUCUAUCACGUGGAGAUGAUCAGUUACUUCAUUUUCAAUGGAUGGACCGUCAGACGGGAGCGAGUCCCGAGGAUUUUAUCAUUUUUCCAGAUGAUGCACACUUUGCAAAGGUCGAGACAGGGCGGCCAGAAGAUCGUGUAUACAUUUUACAGUAUAAAAACUCAUCACGUCGCUUCUUUUUUUGGAUGCAGAACAAAGAUGCAUCGCGUGAUGAUGAACUGGUGAAGAAGGUGAAUGACUCCAUGAACAAUGCUCAGACAGCUGCUAGCAGCGAAGGCGGGCGUGGUGCUGGUAACAAUGUGCAGUUGGACCAUAACGCCAUCAUGCAAAUGCUAGGCGCCAUGGGUGCGGGAGAUCAGGGCCGUGGAGGUGCUGCUGGCACUGGACAAGCUGUGCAAAUGUCGGAGCUGCAAAACAUUUUGCAAAACAUGGGGCUGCCUGCGGGCACCCAAUCGGUAGCCUCGUCCCCAGCAACCUCGGCUGUGUCGUCGUCUCAGGCGUCACAGAACGGAGGUGGUAGCUCGGCGGCUGCAACGACGGCGUCUACUCAGCAUGAGCACGAUGUCAGUGGUAUGGAAGUGGAUGAAAUGGACGAGGAUGAGCUGCUGCGAUUGGCCAUUGAGGAGAGCAUGCGCGAUGGAGGCAGCACCAAUUCAAAUGCGCCCGGAGGCGGCACUACAGGAGAUGCGGUAGCCCCAUCCGCCACUGCAGUGGCACCAGUUCCAACUCCAUCUACACCGGUAGCGCAGCCCACAGCUUCUGUUGCAGCACCAACUAUUGCUAGUGCUCCUGCUACUGGUGGAGCUCUUACAACGGCAGAUCUUCAGCGCGCAAUGGCUUCUUUUCAACAGCUCGCGCAACCGAAGCCAGUUUCUCUGACGAAGCUUCUUAGCGCUGAUAACGUGGAACGUUUUCUUGAUGAUCAAGCAUGUGUGGAGACUCUACUUCCACACUUACCAGAAGGCUCCCAAACCCCUGCGGAGCUUCGUGCAACAUUGCGAUCUCCUCAGUUACGCCAAAGCAUUGGCUCGCUUGAGAGGGCUUUACAAACCGGCAACUUGAACGCGGUUAUGGCCAAUUUUGGCCUAGAUCCUGCUGCAGGUGCCGCCAAACUUGCCUUUGGCGACGGAGUGGGUGCUCUACUUGCAGCAAUCCAAGCGUGGGUAGACCAACAAGACACGACAAUGCCUAGUUCGAAUGAUAAGAGCGAAGCAGACAACUAA